GGGGAAAGGAACCUGGUGUAUUUCCUCGCGACCUACGGUAGGUUUCUAUCUAAAGGGAAUAAAUGACUGCUAUUGCUCACCCACACACAUUCCUCCGUACCCUAACAACCAUGGGGAUAACCCCAGUGCCACAUACCAACAUUUCCCAGGUCUCAAGAAGCGCAGGGGUGAAAAAAUAAACAUGCACAAUAAUAUACACCAGGAGGAUUCACCUUUGACCCCCUCGCAAAACCCUGCUUCUCCUAAGGAACUCAAGGGGAGAGAAUCCAUUCCACAACUUGGAUAACUGACAGCAAGAGAUGAUAUAGCUGAACGCCGAGGAACUCCAGUGUGCCCCGCCCCGCGGGGUUUCUAUGCCUCUUCAGUACCCCCUCCCCCUCUGGACAAUGUUAAACAUACUUUCACCAGUACUCAACCUGCCAAGGCUCGCCUCAAGAAGAUCCACGACCCUCCUGGCAUAACCCCUACCAGUACUACCUAUAUGUGGGGUGAUGACCACAUUCCUCAUAUCCCAAAGCUCACUGUCCGCGGGUAAAGGCUCGGGUUCUGUAACAUCUAGUGAAGCCCCGGCCAACAAGCCCACUUUCAACGCCUUCGUUAGUGCAUCAUGAUCGAUAAUCCCCGCGGGACACAUUGACGACGUAGGCAUUUCUCUUCCCGAGUAUUUCGAAUUCGGCAGCGGAUAGCAUGUGUCUUGUUGAAUCGGUAAGUAGCAGUGAGGAGACGAGCACAUCUACGCCUGAUAAGAAGGUGUGCAAGCUAGACUUAUCUAUACCCGAGAACCAAGCGUCUGGUAAUUUGCCGUUCUGAUCGCCAGUCCCCGGGAGAAUAUACCCUCGAUCGACCUUAGAUGCGGGCGUUGGUCGAGGAGACGCAGUGUAUGCAUGGAUCUUCAUUCCUAGCCCGUUCGCGACUCGUGCAACUUGUCUACCGAUUGACCCAUAUCCGAGGAUCCCGAGCGUGGUACCUAAAAGGUCUUUCGGAUGGGGGUAGGCGAGGUCGUCCCAGAUGCGGGAGUGCUGCUGAGAGAGCAAUUGAUCGAAGGAAUUACGGAUUGAGAGGAGGGACAGGAAGACGUGCUCGGCGAUUUUGGUACCAGUUCAGUUAGACAGAGGGGUAUAGACGAGGAGCUGCAGGCAAGGUACCUGAAUAUGCCAUUACCCGUACAAAAGGUGAUCUUCGUAUCGGUAUACAAAGGCUGCUUUACUACACGAUCAAAGCCAGCACAGGACAACUGAACAAUCUUCAAAUUCGGUACUUGCUCGAUAUUCGGAAGUGUCCAAUCCACAAGCAAUACCGCUGCGUGUCUUAGCAACUCUUUCAGUAGUAUCAGCGUCCUGUGUAUAGAAAUCUUGACGAAGUCGAGCUCCUACCGUUAAGUCGGGGGCUAUCGUCGGGCAUACCAAAGUACCAUAACCCAUCCCACUCCUUCAAAGCGUAGAAGUUGAACGUAUAAUUGGGAAACCUCUUUACGAGCCGGUUAUAACCCUCCGGGGGCUCUCUCUGCGGGAGAGUGAUGAGAAUAUUCUCCGCAAAACCGGCGUUUGCGCCACCGGUAGACGAUUGCAGAAUUUCCCUCAUGGCCUAAAGGAAGUGGUGCUGUGGAGGGUUAACUGAGGGAGUAGAGAGAACGAUAGGAAUGCCCUGGAGAUCUAGCCUCGGGGCUUAUAAGACAGGUCUGUACAUAAUCCGGGUAUGGUGUGAGAGCGUAUCUAGAAAAGUGUCACCUUUACCCUUAUUAAAGUUUCGUCCAUAUUGGCAGUGCCGAUAGAGAGUAUAGUCGGUGUGUGAUUAUCGCGCAAUAUGAGAGCAAAGGCCCUAGUUCGGCCCGACGUCCCCACUUUCAGGAUGAGCAGUAUCCCACCGACAACUCGGUCUUAUUUCUCCACUAUUCCGUCGAACGGCGCAACUCCAAUACGACUGUCGGUAUGUCACGUGCUCAUCCAAGUUAACUUUCACUUCGGAGGAGAGCUGAGCACACCGAAACUGCUGACCCUUCAAGAAUGAUAACAGUUUGUAUGCACCGUGCUACCGUAGCUUAAGAAUGAGUC